AUGGCAACCCUCACAGAAUACCCGAUGCAGCCAGCAUCUUACGAGCAAGAUCUGGACUCUUUCAUCAACUUUGAGCAACUCACACACACAUCCGACCCUUCCCGCUCCAAGAUCGCCAUGACCAGCCAACCCUCGGUCGCAAGCACAGAGUUCAACACCAGCGACUCCCGCAGUGCCAGUUUCGCUUCAAGUGGCCAGUCUCCUCUCGCUUUCCAGGGUCCUAGCCACCAAUACGACGAGCACCGACAGCAGACUGGCUUGCCCCCCGGGGCUUUGUCCAUGACCUACAACCAGGUCCCGAUGGGCUUCACCAACAGCCAAGGUUUCCCCGUCAACGCUGACAUGUAUGCCGGUCAUCACAUGAAGCGGGAGGAGGGCCCAUUCGAUUUCAACGCUGCGCCGGGCAGGAACCCCUCAGAGAUGGACAUCGAGUCCGACAGCAUGAACGCCUCGCCAUACUUCUACCCGGCCAACCCCGCUAAGGGACAAUACGUCGACCCCAACGCUCUCGGAGGCCAUGAAUUGGCUCAGGCCGGUCCUUCUACCCAGGUCGGUCGCAUGUACCCUGGUAUGCAUCAGCAGCAGGCUGCGAUGGCCAAGGCCCAGCAACAAAAGCAGAGCGAUAUGGCCCGCUCCCAGGUUCAGCAGCGUGCCGAGCCCACCCCCGCUUUGCCCCAGGCUCGCGGUCCCCGCAACCCCGACCCCGUGGUCGAGGAGCGCAUCUCUCGUUUGCUCCAACAGAUGCGCCAGAACGCCAUGGCCAAUGGCGAGGGCUCCCCCACCCCAUCCAACGGCAUGCCCCAGAUGGCCAAGUCCCGCAAGGAUGAAGCCGACAUGGAUGAGGAUGAGCGUCUUCUUGCAAGUGAGGAGGGCAAGAAGCUCAGCAGCAAGGAGCGUCGCCAGUUGCGCAACAAGGUCUCCGCUCGCGCCUUCCGCUCUCGUCGCAAGGAAUACAUCGGCCAGCUCGAAAGCGAAGUCGCUGCCCGUACCAACGAGGCCCACGAAGUUCGUCUCCAGAACCGCGCUCUCUACGAGGAGAACGCUCGUUUGAACGACCUGGCUCGCAUGCUUCUCGGAUCUCCCCAUUUCAACAACUUUCUGAACGAGAUGGAGGGCCCCCAGCAGCAGCAGCCCGCUCAGCCCCAGCAACAAUCCCAGCAGCCCGCUCAGACCAACAUGCAAGCUAUGCCCAAGGAAAACACCAACCGUGGCCAGGAGUUCCAGAUGCAGCAGAACGCUCAACCAAACAUGGUUAUGAUGCCCAACCAGGGCAUGGACCCUAACAUGGCCAUGAACACUGCUGGCUGGAACACCGGUAUUGACAUGAACUUCGGCAACACCUCCGUCUUCGCUGUCAUGGAGGUUCCCGAGGGCCCUGCUCUUGACGCUGAGAUGUUGUCCGGCAAAUCAUCUUCCUUUGUUCCCGAGAGCUCCAAGAACGAGGCUCCCAUCCUUGAGACUCCCACCAGCUCACCAAGCCAGUCUGACAUCGGCGUCUCUAACCCUGAUGUCGAGAUUGACGAGUCUGACCCUGCCUUUGCUUUGUUCGUCGAUGCUCCCGCUCCCGCCUCCAACGCCGAGACUGCCUUUGAGGGCAUUCCCGGUGAGAAGGCCUCUGAAUUUGAGCUUGUUCUCGAUACUUCCGACGUCAGCGACUCCGCCAAGAGGAAUUUCAACGCCCUCUGCCACAGCAUUGACGCCGCUUUCGAGCGCGUGUCAGCUGUUACGUCCCACCUUCAUCGCGCAUUCGCCAGCGUACUCUUCCGACCCUCGAUCUCAAGGUCGACCUUCCUACGAAGAUACAAUACAAACCGCCAAACGACAGCCUCCCCUGGUCCAAGUUCAGGACCAAAGCGUCCCGGCCGACCCGUGCCAUCUCUGAAUCCUAGCAGUGACCUUCCACUCCGAGUCAGACAGCCCGCAGUCGACCCUCAGGCAUAUAUCAUCCCGGCCCCGCUCAGACACAAGUUUCCGAAUAAGUACUUCAUUUGCGACCCGUCCAAGUUUGAAAUUUCCUCGGUGCCACCCAAGGCCUUACUGGGUGUCAACCCAAUGAAGUUCUUCUACCAGGUUAUCACUACCCCGACGGCCGACACGCCCGGCACGGCCAUCGCCCUCAACUUCCCUGACAAGCGAUAUAUUUUCGGCCAGCUAGCAGAGGGCACACAACGUGCGUGCACGGAACGUGGAGUCAAGGUUGCCCUCCUUACCGAUGUCUUCGUGACCGGGCGGGCGGAAUGGGCCAAUACGGGAGGAAUGAUCGGAAUGAUCCUGACACUUGCCGAUACAAUUACGACGUCAGUUAACGCCGCGGAAGAGGAAAGAAAGAAGAAGGCUAUUCGCAAGGAUGGAACAGUGAGGCCGGAAAAGCCCAAUGAGAAGUUUCAUGGAACGGCCUAUAUCGAACGAAACGGUGAAACCGUUCUCCAGCAAGGGAAUCUCACAAUCCAUGGACCUACCAAUCUCACACACACAUUGGCUACGGCUCGUCGCUUUGUGUUCCGCAAGGGCAUGCCGGUGUUCGUGAAAGAAUAUGAUUCUGAGACCAUGGCUAACCAAGUGCCCACUGGCACCGAAGAUCCGUUCGCCGCCCCUUCCUGGUCUGACUCGAACAUUAAGGUCUGGACACUUCCGAUCAGGCCUAACGAUGCCAAAAAGACUGGCGCGGCGGCGCGGUCCCAGAGUCCUCGGAAGCGGAGCCUGGAUGAGUUCCAGGAAGCUGAGACUGAUGGAUUCUUGGACCAGCGUACCAAGGACCGAAUGGUCACGCAGGCCAUUGUGCAGGAUAUGUUCAACUCUUCAUGGAAGAUGGAUACCCUGCACGAAACUCGACUAGCUGAUGUCAAAAUGCCCGCGGCCAUCUUUGUUCGAAACCCAGAAACCAAGGACCUCGAGCAAUACAAGGGACCCGUCCCGGGUGACGCGGAGCCGCUCCCUGAUAUCACGGUGCUUGUGCGAAAGCCUUGGCCUGGUGCUACUUAUGAGAAUCUCCCUCCCACUACCCCAUCGAGGGAGGCAAUCUCUUACAUCGUACGAAACCAUGAUAUCCGCGGAAAGUUCGACCCGAAGAAGGCCCAGGAGCACAACGUUGAGAAGGGCUCAAAGUACGCUGCUCUUACGAGGGGCGAAAGCGUCCAGUCAAUGGAUGGAAAGACUAUUACCCCCGAGAUGGUUCUAGGAAAUCCUCGAACUGGCAAGGGUGUCGCUAUCAUGGACGUGCCUUCGCCUGAAUACGUUGAAGACUUGGUCUCUCGACCUGAGUGGAAGUCACCUACUGUCACGACUGGAUUGUCAGGUUUCUUCUGGAUUCUCGGUCCUGGUGUUGCUGAACAUCCCAAGCUCCAAGAAUUCAUCAAGAAUAUGUCGCACUGCACACACACGGUGUCCGGCACAGACCAGUGCCCGAACUACUUGGCAAUGACAAGCUCUGCAAACACUACUGUUCAACUCGCUAUCCUGCAGCCUAAUACCUAUUCCGUUCCCGUUCACGACAACACCACUCUACCACAGCCUGGUUCUUCGAAUGCCGGCUCUAAGUCUGCCGCAGCAGCCCUCGAAAACUCCCCACUUGUCCCUCUUCAGCCCGGCACCAUCCUUGAUAUUGAGCCCAAGUUUGGCCUGAAUGACGACGAAGUCAUGCGGCGCUUCAACCCCCAACACAGCAAGGUCCGGAUCCCACGCUCGGUCCAGCAGCGCUUGAACGUUAUCAACCAGCGCGUGGCCAAGCCUGCCUUCCAGCAGAAGCUGCAAGAGGAACGGGCAAAAUGGCCUGGUGCGGAUGCCGAGAUCAUUGCGCUGGGUACUGGCUCCUCUGUUCCUUCAAAGUACCGCAAUGUUUCCGCGACAUUGGUCAAAGUUCCUGGAUACGGUUACUACAUGCUUGAUUGUGGAGAGAACACCUUGGGCCAGUUGAAGCGAGCAUUCGAGCCGGAGCAGCUUCGUGAAAUCCUCCAGAAUCUGCGAAUGAUUUGGAUCAGCCAUUUGCAUGCUGACCAUCACCUUGGCACUGCCUCUCUGAUCAAGGCCUGGUACGAGGAGAACUUCAAGAACGGAGCUGAUCCCACGUCUCCCGAAGCAACCAUCACAGAAAUCCUGAAGGAAAAACGGUUGGCCAUCGUAUCCGCAGAUGCAAUGAUUUCUUGGUUGGAGGAGUAUUCUAUGGUCGAGGAGUUUGGAUUCAAAAAACUUCUUACACUCAGCGCACACGCCUCUGAUGCCGACCUUAAGACCACUUUCUCCCACCGCCUUCCAUCUGGAUAUCGUACCCAGCUCUCCUAUACAGAAGACCAAUACCCCACCACCGCCCUCCUCAAGUCCGCCACUGGCCUAGAAGACCUCCUCACCUGCCAUGUGAAGCACUGCAGGGGGGCUCUAGCCGUCUCUCUCGUCUUCCCCAAUGGAUUCAAGGUCUCCUACUCAGGCGACUGUAGACCCUCUGAGAAAUUCACCGCCAUCGGCAAAGACUCGACAGUUCUAAUCCACGAAGCCACUUUCGGACCCGACAUGGUAGGAAAUGCUAUGGCCAAGCGUCACUCCACAUCCGCCGAAGCCAUCGAAGUCGGCCGACGCAUGCGCGCACGCGCCAUUCUCCUUACUCAUUUCAGCCAACGGUACCAAAAAAUAGCGUACACAAACCACCGCAAAUCAGACGAGCCGAACCCCCGCGAUGCUUCAGCCAAGGAGCCCGUCGAUGCGGACAUUCCAUUCGAUGAUCCACAGGAAGUGAUCGCCGGAAACACCCUUUCGGAUGAUUUGCGCCUUGAGAAGAACUUUAAGACCGCUCCUUUCGAUGGCCCGAUCGCUGGUGCCAUGGAUUUCAUGCGCAUCAAGGUCGGCGACUUUUCCCUUGCGCAUAUUUAUGCUCCUACGCUAGAGAAGAUGGUGGAGAUCACGGAGCGCGCGACACAGGAAGCGGCUGAGCGUGCAAGACUGCUCAGACAGGAGCAGGAAGAUGCUAAGAAGGCGAAGAAUAACAAGAAGUUCGCCAAGCAUGCUGCCACCGCUGCCGCGGCCGCGGCGGCUGCAGCAGUGGCCGAGGUUCAGACCGAGGUUCAGCCUGAGGCUAAGGAGCCUUCUAAGUCUAUUUGGAGCGCCAGUGAGAGUGAGAGUGGAUGGGAGACCAGUGAUGCUGAGCUGUGA